UGCAUGAAGUCACACUGCUAAAUAAUUUGGAAUGCUUCAAAGCAAUAUCGAUGCAGAUGUUAGUCAAAGCUGCGUUAAACGAGAUCAUGAAAGCGGAAAAGUUCUUGAAAGUCCUCUUACUCGUCUUUCUUGCCAUGUCCUGGACCGUCGGCGGAGCACGUAGGCGCCUACGUCGGGCACAUUACAGAUACCGUCCGUCAAAAAUCAUGAAAUCCAUUCAUCAUCACAGGCCAAACGAAAUGUGGCCCAACUGCACUGGCAUGUCCCGCGACCUGGCGUCCCUAGUGAAGUCCGCCAUCAUCGGACAACUGAGCAAGAAGCUUUUGCAGAAGUGCGGCUUUGAGGAGAAACUUCCGCAGCUGGAUGAGUGGCGGGAAACACUAGACAAGAAGAUAGACGACCACUCGGUCAUCGGCGUCAUUGAUUGGCUCUACGACGAGGUCCAGAUUCUGCCAGUCACUGACGAUCCUCUUAACUUGGAGUUAUCCCGUAUUGAGGACAACGAAGGUCCGCCAGCUCCCGAACAAUGUCACGACUACAGGGAAUAUGUGCAGAUCGUGGAAGAGCUUGGCGUUAACGAUGACGAUUGGACCUUUUAAUGGUAAUGAUCAGAAAAAAUAGAGUCGGGAUAAAUAAACAGAAGAUAAUAGAAGUAGGUAUUGGAAAAUCCA